UCUCUAAUACCUUUGAGCAUGUACCAGGUUUCACUUUCGUGUUUGAGAUAUAUGGAAUAUAUUUAAAGCAAAAUGGCUAAAUGAAAGAAGAGAUAGCUUGCGUGAAGUUUUAUAUCCAGAUGGUAGAAAACGCUGAUUCUCCUGAGCUUCUUGUAAAAGGAUACCAGAAGUGGCAUCAGAAUGGCAUCAAACCAAGGACACGAUAAAAGAAACUCAGGAACUGGAGAUGGUAAUCGUCUUCCCAACGCUGAAACGGGCGUUUCUCUGUUUUCAAAUUUAGUUUUGGAAGCUGAAAAAGGAGCUUCCAAUAUCCGCGAAAAUUGUUUAGAUGACAGAAUUGCAGUUCCUGAAGCCGAAAAUUACAACUUCAGUUUCAAGAAAUUAUGGAUGUUCAGUGGUCCUGGAUUUCUCAUGAGUAUCGCCUAUUUGGAUCCAGGCAAUAUCGAAGCUGAUCUCAAGGGAGGUACAUUGGCCAAAUACGCUCUAUUAUGGAUUUUCAUGUGGGCAACUAUUGUUGGGCUUUUCAUUCAGCGUUUGGCGGCAAGGCUGGGAGCCGUUACUGGACAGGACAUGGCCGAAACAUGUAGGAGAAGGUUUGCACCCCUUCCUCGUUAUAUCUUAUGGAUUAUGCUAGAGAUUACAAUCAUCGGAGCUGACAUGCAAGAAGUCAUCGGAACAGCUAUAGCUUUCUACCUACUCUCUGACAGACGGAUUCCUUUAUAUGGUGGAGCCCUAUUAACUAUAUUCGACACAUUCACAUUUUUAUUCUUGGAUAAAUACGGACUUCGAAAACUGGAAGCAUUCUUUGCUUUUCUGAUUGCUGUUAUGGCAAUUACUUUCGGUUAUGAGUAUGGGGUUGCUAAACCUGAUCAGAUCGAAGUCGUCAAAGGCCUUUUCAUACCCGGAUGUGCGGACUGCACCAGCCAAAUUUUGUUACAAGCUGUCGGUAUUGUGGGAGCCAUGAUCACACCCCACAAUCUUUAUUUACAUUCCUCUUUAGUUAAGAGCAGAAAUAUCAACAGGAAGAACAAAGAGGAAGUAAAGGAUGCUAACCGAUAUUAUUUCAUCGAAUCUGCCAUCGCACUUUUUGUGUCACUCAUCAUCAAUAUAUUCGUAGUGUCAGUUUUCGCACGAGGAUUGAGUGGAAAAACCAAUAGUGAAGUGCUGGAUUUGUGUAUAAAUGAAGGUUUGAAUGUAACAGACGUCUUCCAAAACAACAACGAGACCGUCGAAGGCGAUAUUUACAAAGGAGGAGUCUUCCUUGGUUGUCGGUAUGGACUGCCAUGCAUGUACAUAUGGGCUGUUGGUCUUCUGGCAGCUGGUCAAAGCUCUACUAUGACUGGAACAUACACAGGACAGUUCGUUAUGGAGGGUUUUCUUACACUGAAGUGGACUCGAUGGAAGCGAGUGUUGUUAACCAGAUCAAUAGCUAUUUUUCCAACUAUUUUGGUGGCCGUGUACAAGGAUGUCAAUCACGUGAGUGGUAUGAAUGACUUCCUUAACGCCCUAAUGUCGAUGCAACUGCCUUACGCGCUCAUGACAACUUACAUCUUCACGUCUUCAAAGAUAGUGAUGGGGGACUUCGUCAAUGAUAUGAAGAACAAAAUCUUCAUGGGCGUGUCUACGGCAUUCCUUAUUGGACUCAAUCUUUACUUCGUGAAUGACUUUGUCUCGUCCAACUUCGCUCAUAACUGGAUCGUUCGCUUGAGUUUAAGUAUUUUCCUCAUCUUUUAUCUAUUAUUACUGGUGUAUCUGGCUCUUUGUCUUUUCGUAGUACUGGGAAUAGGACGGCUAACAAGAUUACCAGUAAGUGUUUUAAAAUGUGCCUAAUAAAUAUUUUUUGUCUUGAGACUGAAUUAAACAUUAAUUACAAAAUUUAACUCUCACCACUGUGAUAUCGAAAGG